AUGUCCUUAAGUGGGAAAGUAGUGAGUGAAACAGAAAUUGAAGCAACUGCUGCUAAGUUCUAUAAUAUUUUUAGAAAGCAACUAGGAGAUGUUCCUAGUAUUUCCCCAGAAGUACAUGAAAAUAGUGUGCAUGAAGGUGACUGGGAAAAUAUUGGUUCUGUUAAACACUGGGAAUAUACAAUAGAAGGAAGAAAACAUACUACAAAGGAAAAAAUUGAAUCUUUAGAUGAUGAGAAUAAGGUAAUCAUAUAUAGCGUCUAUGACGGGGAUGUGGCAGACAGUUACAAGAGUUUUAAGGUAACAUUACCAGUGAUUGAUAAGGAACAUGGUGGGGUUGUAAAAUGGAGUAUCGAGUAUGAGAAACUGAAGGAGGAUAUUACAGCUGCAUCUCCUGAUUCAUAUUUGGUCUUGUUUGCAAAGAUCACAAAAGAUAUUGAUGCUCAUCUUGUCAAGGAAUAACAAAUUAAAAUGAAGAUAAAGUGUGUUUGGCUAGGGUGAUGUUGCAUGUAAAAUAAAUUUUUUGUGAUGAAUGUGAUUAGUCUUGUGAUGAUUUAUGUUUUUCAGUCACACAUGUUUGUUUCUUUUGACAAAAAAUGUAACCAAUUCUUGUUUGUGAUGGAUUAUAGGUUUGUUGAUUUGUUAUAUUGUUAUUUGAUGU